GUGCGCACAUAAGACGCGCUUCCAACUCAAUUUAAUACUAAAAGGCAGCAAAUUCAAUUGUUUUAAACAAACGCUAAGCAAUAUUAAAAGUAAAAAUGUUGCAUGCAACUUUGACAAAUUUGCUAUUUUGCUGCUUACUGCUGACGCAUCAUGUGCAAGGUCAAGCGAAUAAAGUGUCAUCCAAGCUCGAUUUCGAUGAGGCGCAGAGCAACAACAACAAACAACAGCAAUACGAAUCAAACGGCUGUGCUAAUUGGCCAGGGACAGGGACAGGGGCAGGGACAAACGUUGGCUAUGAUCAGAGCAGCGGACGUAGCAGCGGCUCCGGCUCGAGCUCCGGCAAUCGUCCCAAGAUACACGGCGUGCGUGUCACUGUCGAUACGGGCGAUGGACAGCAGCAAACGAAAGAAUCCAAGGAGAGCGUUGAAAUUACAGACUUGGGUAAACACAAGAAACGUGUGGGCAUACAUACGGAUAUCACGUUCGAGAUUACCGCCGAGGGUGGCGAUGCCAAUGAGACCAGCAGCUCGGCACAGCAGCAGGGCGAGAAGGAAGAUGCUAGUGUGCCCAUUUAUAAGGGACGCGGCGGUGGCAGCGGCAGCAGCAGCAACGAUGCCAAGCAUAAAUCACACCAGCACUAUGAUCCCAAAGCGCAAUGGAAUCCCAAUUAUUCUGGCGAGCAUAGAGCUUAUGAUGCAGGCAGACAUCGCGGUUCCGGCUCCGGCUACUAUCCGCAAUACUAUCCGGAACAAGUUUAUACGACAAAUGGCGGCGGUGGCGACGACGUUGGCAGCAUCUAUCGCAACAGCGAGACCUGGACGCACUAUGUGCCCGUUUGGACAACGGAGCGUUCGCCACAUGAGCAAGCGCAACUGACCAGACGUCCCAGCUGGAAGCCUUGCUACUGCAUGUCCUCCUACGGCGCGGACUAUAGAAGAAGACGCGAUAGCAAGCAUCAACGCAGAGGCGUAGUCAAGGGGGGCGUAGUACAUAUUGAUGGCAAGCUAGAGCAACCCUUUUCCUAGACUAUUCCAUAGCAGAGAUGUAAAGUGAAUCGACUGAAAUUCAAUUAUUGAAUUUAGAGAUUUUUCGCAAGCUAAAUUUGAGUUAAGCUCAAAGUGCGAUACUUUUUUUUUAAAUUCAACUAGAAAUUUUAUUUUGAAUUCAUUCACCCGAUUUAAUUUAAACGAGAAAUGCACGCUGUUUCCAAAAUCUCUAAAUUCAAGAUGAAUUAAUUUCCAAAAUGAUUUAAGUCUUUUACAUCUCUGUUGCAAUUGUUUUGAAUUUUUUGUUGAAAAAUAAAGCAUCUAGUUAGCCUAAGCACAAUGUGACUAGCCCAAAGUUAA